UCCAACUAGAAGGCGGGCGCCAUUGUUGUGCGUUAUUGAUUGUUUGUGCCUAUCGUGCUUGGAUUUCGCUGCUCUGCAAAAUCAUCUCAUUAUCCUGUACAAAAUAUUAUUUAUGCAUUGUUGUAGUGCACGCUGACAUACUGAAUACGCGAGAUGACCACGUUUCAAGAAACGCAGGAGUCGAGCGCAUCGUUGAACGGCAAUAUGAAACAAGAUGGCGAAUCACAUGUGGACGAUGAACCUCCGGCGCCCGGCACCGAAGAGCCGCCCAGCAAGAAAGUCAGAAUUGAGCCUGUACCUGAUCGAACGAAUGGGAUUACUUAUUUCAACGACGUAAUGCAAACAGGAGAAGUUGCCCCAGGCCCUGGCGCAAGAAGUAACACAAUCGCUGGAAUCCUCGGCGGUAUUCUUCCGAAGUUGUCAAUGGAACAAACUGAAGCCGUAGCCAAAGCGAAGAAGUACGCGAUGGAGCAGAGCAUCAAAAUGGUCCUGAUGAAGCAGACACUCGCCCACCAACAACAGCAAAUGGCUAGUCAGCGGACGCAGGUCCAGCGACAACAGGCUCUCGCCCUCAUGUGCAGGGUGUACGUCGGCAGCAUCAGUUUCGAACUGAAGGAGGACACCAUUCGGCAAUCAUUUCUGCCGUUCGGACCAAUCAAGUCCAUCAACAUGUCGUGGGAUCCGGUCACACAGAAGCACAAGGGUUUCGCAUUCGUCGAGUAUGAGAUACCGGAGGCGGCGCAGCUAGCGCUCGAGCAAAUGAAUGGCGUGAUGAUUGGCGGGCGCAAUAUUAAAGUCGUUGGCCGACCGAGCAACAUGCCGCAGGCACAGACCGUCAUUGAUGAAAUCCAGGAGGAGGCCAAGAAUUACAAUAGGAUUUACGUCGCCAGUAUUCAUCCAGAUCUCACUGAGGACGAUAUUAAAUGUGUAUUUGAAGCGUUUGGUCCAAUAAUCUACUGUAAGUUAGCUCAGGGUAGUUCUGCACACAAACACAAAGGUUACGGCUUCAUUGAAUACGAAACAACGCAAGCAGCUAACGACGCCAUCUCUAGUAUGAAUCUUUUCGAUCUGGGAGGACAGUAUCUUCGUGUAGGACGCGCAAUCACACCACCUAACGCGUUAAUGGGCCCUUCUACCGGUUCGAGUAUAAUGCCCACCGCGGCGGCGGUUGCUGCCGCAGCUGCAACUGCAAAGAUACAAGCAAUGGAUGCUGUCGCCAGUAAUGCCGUUGCUCUUGGUUUAUCAAAGUUACCUAAUGCGCACGCACAUCCCCCGGUCGCCGCAGUGCCACAAACUCUGCCUGGAUAUAUCGCCCCGCCAGGUUUAGCAAUCCCGCAGCUUACUCAACCGGUGGCGGCACUGCAACCGCCUACUGUUGUACAACCUGUUGUAAUCCCGCCGCCGGCAAUCGUCACCCCAAUGCUUGCAACAGCACCAGCCGCGCAAACUGAAGCGAAAAAACGCGCGCAAGAGGCGCAGGCUAAACAACAGGAAGAAUUGCAAAAGAAACUGCUUGAGCAGAAUGAACCGCAAACUCUACAACAACAAGAGAAUAUGUCGAUUAAAGGUCAAAACGCGCGACAUCUUGUCAUGCAGAAAUUAAUGCGGAAGGUGGACUCACGCGUUGUUAUAUUGCGUAAUAUGGUAGGUCCGGAAGACGUGGAUGAGACACUGCAAGAAGAGAUUCAAGAGGAGUGCAGUAAGUUUGGUUCAGUCGAGCGCGUUAUCAUCUAUAACGAGAAGCAGGACGAGGAAGAUGAUGACAAUGUUAUUGUUAAGAUAUUUGUUGAGUUUGCCGAAACCUUAGAAGCGGAACGAACGAGGGAAGCCCUCAACGGACGGUACUUCGGUGGACGGAUGGUGCGCGCUGCUUUGUACGACCAAACGCUCUUUGAACACAGCGACUUUUCUGGUUGAGAGUACAACGCAUGACACAUAAGAAUUAAUGUACAUAAUUAAUUAAAUCGAUGAUUAAGUGUAAAUUGGUUUUCUGAUGGUGAGAUGACUGCUGGAGGAGCCAUGCGCCUUUUAUUUUAUUAACUUGUUUUCAGUUCGUUGGUAUAUAAUUGUGUAAAUGAUGACGCUUUAUAAUUGUUUUGAAUAGUAUUAAAUGUGUCUACAGUAAAUACUCGUAAAUAAGUAAAA